GACGCAGGCCUGGGCCCCAGUCCCUAGUCUCCACGGGGAUGCCCAGAGCUCAGUUGCUUGAAAGCAACGCGCCUAUUCACAUGGAGAAUCUCCCCUUUCCUCUGAAAUUACUUAGUGCCUCGUCGCUAAACGCCCCCAGCUCCACACCAUGGGUGUUGGAUAUCUUCCUCACCUUGGUGUUUGCCCUGGGGUUCUUCUUCCUAUUAUUCCCCUACUUCUCUUACCUCCGUUAUGACGACCCACCCUCACCAUCGCCUGGGAAGAGAAAGUGUCCAGUAGGGCGGAGAGGGAGGCCCAGAGGCAGGAUGAAAAACCACAGUCUGAGAGCUUGUAGACCGCGCCUGAGAGGCCUGGAGGAGCUUUGGAACCUGUUUUCACAACUGCAGAGCCUCCUGGGGCCGCUCCUUGACAAAGGUGACUUUGGUCAGCUCUCCGGUCCAGACCCCCCAGGUGAGGUGGGCAAAAGAGCACCUGAUGGAGCCUCCCGGUCCUCUCAUGAGUCUAUGGAAGAUGCUGCUCCCAUGCUUUCCCCGUUAGCUUCCCCGGAUCCUCGAACCAAGCAUCCUCAGGAUCUGGCCUCCACCCCAUCACCAGGCCCAAUGACCACCUCAGUCUCCUCCCUAAGUGCCUCCCAAAUUUUUUCACCAGAACUUCUUACCCCAAGAAAAUGGCCCCUUCAUCCUGAGCCACCUGCACCUUUCCCUCACCCACCACAUCACUCUGUAGUGCCGUCUCCUCCGAAAGGCUUUCCCGCUCCUCGCGCCACUCUGAUUAAUUCUCCAUCUCACUGUGAUAACCGAUGGCACUUCCACUGGGCCCGUCUUGUCCCUCAAAGCUUUUGUCUCCGUGUUAAGUUGUAUGUUGACGGCUCUGUCUCAGCUAUCUCAGGCUCUAUGGCGUGGUUCUAAAGUCAGUCAAUGUUUCUUGCCUUCUGCCUGUGGUCGUGACUACCAGGAACCUGUGCGUCUUCAACUCAACUCUCCUUUUCAUCUUUUUUCCUCUCCCCCACCCCACCCCCCACCUGUCAGAUGGAAGCUGGUAGCCCGUUUUUACUCAACUCUGAUGCCCAGAAUGUCGUGGUAUACAAGUUUCAUUUAUUAUAUAUUGUACCUAUUAUCAUAUAUUUUUCGUGUAUGGAAAAUUAUGAAUAACGAUGGUCAUUUCCAAAACAAAUGAGCCCAGAAAAGCACUUGAAUUCUUUGGGAAAUUUGUGUAAAUCAUUGGAUGCUGAUGUCAGGAUCUACUAUGCGGUGGCAACCGGAACCCACAACCCCAAAACCCUUUCUGAAUGGGCGAGAAACUCGAAAAGCUGUCCCAGUCCUAAUGAGCUCUCAGAUCCUAGGAUCUGCAGGAAAGUUUUAUGAGUUAUAGCCCAGCUUUUCUGGGGCCUCCCCUCUCUGCACACAGCGUACUCCCCUGGUGCUAUGCUGGGUCACUGAUAUGGUUCUUACACUUACAGUCGUCUCCUGUUCUUGUUCAAUGGAAUCAAUGUCCUGCCCAAUUCCAAAGGGAAGACUACAAUGUCCGCACUGCUUUUCCAGGCCAGCCCCUGUUCCCAUCUGGGGCCCGAGUAACCCUUUAUUUCAUCCACACCCCAAAUUCCGGCCCAUAAAACUAAUGCUCAGGCGCGAGGCCCUCGAGGCCCCAUCUUCAAUCCCUCCUUUCCCAAGUCCUGUCUCUGCCUUUUCCAUCGCCCGACUAUAAUAACUCCUGGAGUAGCCUUGCCCUGCGUCGCAGAUGUCAACGUGCAAGCUCUUUGCCUACCUGAAACUCAGCACCCUGAAUGGCCUUUGUUGAGGGAAACAACAGAAGUGGUGGGUUGGCUGUUACCCUCUAGGGCCCAAAAAUCUCAGGAUGUGUUUAGUGUGUCUCCACCUCCUAACCUUCCCCAGGGCUUGACAUCCAUUCGCCUGAGAACUUUCCGAAUCAGUCCUGAACUCCGGAGACAACUGGAGCAAACACUUCAAAAGUGGUUCAUUCAACACCAGGGCACUGGAAGGAUCCAAGAGUCUCUGGAUCUGUGCAGCUUCGGCGACGAAUCGUCAGGGACAAGUCAGGCCAAGGGCAAACCCAGGCCCUGGCAGUCCUCCACGUCCACAGGCGAAAGCAGCAGGGAGGCAGCAGAAGGUGAAGUUCCAGUGGAGAGGGACCCGUGCCCCACGUCUGGGGCAAAUUCUGCGCCAGACCCCGCAAAUCUAUCCAGCAUGGAAAGCUUCCAAGGGAGAGUUCUGGGGGCAACCUCUGAGGAGUCGGAAAGGGACUUGAGGACAGCCCUUGAGGAGUGACUCGGAAGUGAUUUAUUAAGACGCACAGAGAGGAAUCGUAUAGAAAACAUCCUGAAAGCCCACGUCGGCAGGAAGUUGGGCCAGAUGAACGAGGGCUUGAUCCCCGUGAGUGUGCGUCGAUCCUGGCUUGCUGUCAACCAGGCCUUUUCCUGUGUCUAACACCCCACGUGAAGACCAGCAAAUCUAGCACCCCCAGAAAGUGGGAAAGCCUGUGGUGAACACGCCCAGGUGCUUCCCUUCCUCCAGCCGUGUACGCAGCAGGUGCUGGGAGCCCAGUAUUGGAGUAUGGGCCAAACAACAGCGUGGGGUCUACCCCUCAGGGUCCUCAAACCCAUUCAGUGCUUUAAACUGGAAAAGGUUUCGUCCUUGUCUCUUACACAGCUUGCCGGUCCCUCCUCAGCCACCUGUGAACCUGGGGCUGGCUCAAAAGUUGAGGUGGCCACGUUCCUUAGAGAGCCACCAAUGGCAAGUCUGAGAGAGCAGGUGCUGACCAAAGCAUCUGACAUGCCAGAGAGUCUUCUGGCCUCUUCCCCUGCAUGUAAGCAGUUCCAGAGGGCCCCGCCAGGGAUCCCAUCUUGGAAUGAUCAUGGGCCCUUGAAGGCUCCUCCAGCUGCACAGGAGGGCAGGUGGCCAUCUAAGCCCCUCACAUACAGCCUCACAGGCAGCACCCAGCAGAGCAGGAGCUUAGGAGCCCAGUCUUCAAGGGCUGUAGAGACCAGGGAGGCAGUGCCACAACCCAGAGUCCCCUUGGGAACCCGUAUGCUGGCAAACCUCCAAGCCACAAGUGAUGAUGUGCGUGGUUUCGAGGCUCCAGGGACCAGCAGAAGUUCUUUACUCCCUAAAAUGUCUGUCUCCCAAGAUCCAAGAGAGCUGUGUCUUAUGGAGGAAGUUAUUAGUGAAUUUGAGCCUGGAAUGGCCACGAAGUCAGAGACCCAGCCUCAAGUUUGUGCCGCUGUUGUGCUCCUUCCAGAUGGGCAAGCGUCUGUUCUGCCCCUUGUUACAGAGAAUUUGGCUCCUCAAGUGCCCCAGGGCCAUCUCCAGAGCAUGCCUGCUGGGAACAUGCAGGCUUCCCAGGAGCUACGUGACCUCAUGGCAGCCAGAAGGAGCAACCUGGGGCACAGGGAGCCCAAGAACCCAAACUGUCAAGUCUCAUGCAAGAGACAAAGCCCGAUGUUUCCCCCUCCUCACAAGAGUGAGAACUCUAGGAAGCCCAACUUAGAAAAACAUGAAGAAAGGCUUGAAGGAUUGAGGACUCCUCAACCUAGCCCGGUCAGGAAAACAGAGGACACCCGUCAGGAUGAAGGCAUCCAGCCAUUGCCAUCAAAGAAACAGCCUCCUUCAAUAAGCCACUUUGGAGAAAACAUCAAGCAAUUUUUUCAGCAGGUUUUCUCAAAGAAAAAAAGCAAGCCAGCACCAGUCACUGCCGAGAGCCAAAAAACAGGAAAAAACAGAUCCUGUGGGUACAGCAGCAGUGCUGAAGCUCAGGGGCUCAUGACAGCAGUUGGACAGAUGCUGGAGGAGAAGAUGUCACUUUGCCACGCACGCCAUGCCUCGAAGGUAAAUCAGCACAAACAGGAGUUUCAAGCCCCAGUCUGUGGGUUUCCCUGCAACCACAGGCACCCCUUCUACUCAGAACACAGCAGAAUGCUGAGCUAUGCCGCCAGCAGUCAACAAGCCACUCUGAAGAGCCAGAGUUGUCCCAACAGAGAGAGGCAAAUCAGAGACCAACAGCCCUUGAAAAGUGUCCGGUGCGACAAUGAGCAAUGGGGCCUGCGACAUCCCCAACUCUUGCUCCCCAAGAAAGCUGUAUCCCCAGUCAGUCCCCCUCAGCACUGGCCGAAGACACCUGGUGCCUCCAGCCACCAUCACCACUGUCCCAGGCACUGUCUUCUUCGGGGAGGUAUCUAAUUUGGUCAGUCACAAAUUCAUUUUUAGCCUUCCUUAGAGAAAAACAAAUCCCCAAGUAAAAAUUCACUCUAUGUAGAGAAAAAAUAUUUUCUCUCAUGUUAGUACACGCAGAACAUUUAAUAUUCCACAAUAUAUAUGGUUUUUUAUUCAUAAGAGGGUGAUGGCUUUUAUUUGCGACGUGCUUGGUGUGGGCUUGGUUUCUAGAAGCAACAGGAAAGGUGCUGACAGUGGUGCUGUAAGCCCACCUUCAUCCUGAGUUCCUUCACUGAACCUCACGUUUCCGUAACACUGUCUUUACACAAACAAAAAAUUCUAAAAUCAAGAUGAGAAAAACCUAUGAAGAGCCCACUCUGAAAUACGAUUCAACCCGUCUUUCCACUACUUACUCUCUACCUCAAAGUUUAUGCAGCUCUAGGGAGAAGGUUUGCAGAGAUGUCACAGGGCUGAACAUCGCCAUGCAGGCUCCAGGAAGUGCCACAGCCCAGUAGCUUCAUGUGUCACAUAGUGGAAGUUUGGAUGGGAGAGUGCUGGGCCCUGAGUUCAGAAGUGGGAGAAGUCUUGACCCUGGGUAUCCUGGUGGAGAAUAGAUAAUGCCUGCCCCUGGGAAGCCCCUUCUCUCCCUUACAAAGGCUGGGAUGGAGAUGGGCCCUCUUAGCUCAGCCAACAUGCAAAGCACAGAGUCCCCAUCCCACUGCCUCUCCCUUUCUUGCACUCUGGAGUGGUGGUGGGGACAGACCUUCCAGCUCUGUGCAUGUGUAGGUGGGGGGUGGGGAGCCGGGGGGGGUAGCCUUCAUGGAGGCUGCUGAGGUCCGUGAACUUCCCUGCCCCAAAUGAGUGAAUGACCCUGCUCCUGGGUCACCUGCCUUUGUCUGUCUCACCUAGGUGUCUCUCAGCUUCAAAGAAGUAGUUCUGGAUGAAUGGAACAGGGUAUGCGUGUGUGUGCAGAGGCUUCUGAUGGUGGGACUCUGUAGAGCUACAGGGGAUGCAGAGAAUUGAAAAGGGGGUGAAGUGUGUGUGAGGGGGCCAUAAGUGGUGCCGUGACCCAGGAGAUUCUGACAUUCCAACCCCUUCGAGAGGCCUAAAGGGGCCUACUGGCUUAUCCUGGCCCCACCCCAGGGUCCGUCCCUGCUCCAGCUCCCAGAUCACAGACCUAGAAAAACCACAUUUACCCCCAACACAGAGGGCCAUAUUAGCGAGAAGGCAAGGUGACAAAGUGAAUAAGGAAGACGAAUUUCUUAACGUCUUUGAUAAGCUUGCACAAAUAACCUACUGAACUUUUUUUUUUUUUG